CCUCGGAGCGGUCCUAGAGGAGGCCCCAGGCCGGAGCCCUACUGACCGGUCCCGGGUGGGAGGCCCAGGACAGCCAGGACAGCCGCCCCCCACCUCCGAUUUAAGAAAAAGUGGUCCAGGGGGUCCUCCCGGAGGGGCAGCCCCGCCGGCCCCAUGGAAAUUCCCAAAGUCCCUUGAGGGAGAGCGGGACCCACCGGACAGGACCCGGGAUUGAGAGGCCCGAAGCCCCGCUGCCAAGCUGGCCCGGCCUCAAGCCACUGAGCCCCGCUGAGCAAGCAGGGUGGCACAGAAGGGGGUGAGGAGCCUCUGACAGCCACGAAGCCCGAAGUCACCAUGAGCCUGAGCGGCUCUGUGAGCAGCAACCCUGGCUCUGCCAACGGUAGCAUGGGACGGUCAGACGGAGCUGCCAAGCUGAGCGCCAAGGACCUCUACGAACAAAGGAAGAAAUAUUCCAACUCCAACAUCAUCAUGCACGAGACGUCGCAGUACCACGUGCAGCACCUGGCCACGUUCGUCAUGGACCGGAGCGAGGCCAUCGUCACCGUGGACGACGCCGUGCGGAAGCUGAUCCAGCUGAGCUCCAAGGACAAGAUCUGGACCCAGGAGAUGCUGCUCCGGAUAAACGACAAGUCCAUCUGCCUGCUGGACUGCGAGACCCGGGAGGAGCUGGAGAACUUCGAACUGGGCACCGUGCAGCACUGCCAGACCGUCCUCAACCAGCUCCGCUACCGCUCCGUCCUGCUCCUCGUCUGCCAGGACGACGAGCAGCAGCACAAGCCCGACGUCCACUUCUUCAACUGCGACGAGGUCGAGGCGGAGAUGGUGUACGAGGACGUCGCCAGCGCCCUGUCCGACAGCCGGCAAGGCAAGAAGCUGCGGCCACAGACGCUCAAGGCCAACCAGGAGAAGAUCAAGCAGAGGCAGUCCAUCCUCCCGCCCCCGCAAGGCCCGGCCCCCAUCCCCUUCCAGCAGGACGCGGGCGGCUCCCCGAGGAACCUCAAGAACCGCGUGGCGGCCCCCGCGCCCCACGAGCACGGCCAGCGAGGACCGGCCCCCCACGGCCCGGAAGAAACCCGGGCCCUGCUGGCCCAGAAGAUCGAAAAGGAAACGCAAAUCCUCAACUGCGCCCUGGACGACAUCGAGCUGUUCGUGGCCCGACUGCAGAAGGCGGCCGAGGCCUUCAAGCAGCUCAACCAGCGGAAGAAGGGCAAGAAGAAGGGGAAGAAAGGACCUGCAGAGGGUGUCCUGACGCUGCGGGCCCGGCCCCCGACCGAGCUGGAGUUCAUCGACUGCUUCCAGAAGACCAAGCUGGCCCUGAACCUCCUGGCUAAGCUGAAGAAGCACAUCCAGAAUCCCAGUGCCUCGGAGCUCGUCCACUUCCUGUUCGGCCCCUUGGAACUGAUCAUCAACAGCUGCGGAGGCCCCAGUGUCGCCAGGAUGGUCAACACGCCCCUCCUGUCUCGGGACGCCAUCGACUUCCUGAAGGGCCACCUGACCCCCAAAGAGGUGGCCCUGUGGGAAGCUCUGGGGGAGUCGUGGAUGCGCUCAAGAGCUGAGUGGCCGCGGGACCCCCCCGUCCCCUUCUACAGCCCCCGGUUCCACAACGGCUGGGAGCCCCCGCUGGAGAUCUUGCAGGGGGCCCCCUGGGAAGCGGACAGCGCCCAGUUCCAGGAGGAGGCGUCGCCGAAGCGCAUCCAGGCGCCGGAACCCAUGGCCGGCGGGGACUCCUUCCAGCCAGGAGCCUCUUCCCACUCUUCCAGGAGCUACGAGCCGCCGCCGCCGUCGUCGUCGUCGCCGCCGGGGAUGGCCAGGUUCGCCAAGAUCAGAUACGACUUCACUGCCCACAACGCCAACGAGCUGUCGGUGCUCAAAGACGAGGUGCUCGAGGUGUUGGAGGACAACAGACAGUGGUGGAAACUGAGGAACCGCAGUGGGCAAGCUGGCUACGUCCCCUACAACAUCCUAGAUGUCAUGAGGCCGGAGGAUGUAUACAACCAACAGGACCAGAGGUACCGAGGAGACUUGAGCCCCCGGGGCCCGGGGCCCACCAGUCCCAGCCACAAGCUGCCGGCCAGCUACGCCGGGGACAAGUGGGGGAGUGAGAUGAUGGCCGCCAGGAACACUCCCCAGGAUGCCAAAGAACAGCUCAUCCACCACAUGGACGAGGUGAACGAUGAGCUGCUCAAGAAGAUCACCAACAUCAAGGUGGGGCCGCCUCAGAGGAACUUCAAGGUGGAGAGGGCCCAGGCCGUCCAGGUGCCCCUUACCUACGACUCUGACGCCGGCCAAGUCAGAGCCUGGCUGGAAGCCAAAGCCUUCAGCAAAGCGAUCGUGGACCAGCUCGGGAUCCUGACGGGCGCCCAGCUCUUUUCCCUGAACAAGGAGGAGCUGAAGAAAGUCUGUGGAGAGGAAGGUGCCAGAGUCUACAGCCAGCUCACCGUGCAGAAAAGCCUUUUGGAGAAAAACCAAGGCGGGUCCGAACUGGAAGAAGUCAUGAUGAAAUUCCAUUCCAAAACCCAGAAGAAGAUCGAACAGGAGAGUUAAGACUCUGCGGCGGGGCGGGGAGGGAGAUUUAGAGCUUAGUUCCAAAAAAAGCGCAGCCAUCCCGGACCCGGAGGGAGGGAAGGAGCCGCGGCGGACUUGGGAAUGUCGGGAAGGGUCAUUCCAUUUGACCGCGUGGAUCCGAAAAUGCACAGAGGGCCGAGAUGGGCCUCUCCCGGCCUACGUGGCGGCCGAGGGAGGCUGUGCUUUAGUAUUGCAUGAAGUAUUAUUAUUUUUAUAUCUCUGUUUUAUACCCCAAAUGGGCAGGCUGCCUGCUGUUCCCUAGGGAGAGGAGAUGGGGGAUUGGAUGAAUGAGAGUUGGCGGGACGGUACCCCUGGGAUCAGUGGCAGUAGCUGUCUAGACAAUGGCUCUCUCUCUUUUUCUCUCUUUCUGCUGUGCUCUCUGUCUCUCUUCUUCUCUUUUGAGGCUGGUGGGGACAUCCCCCACCCCCAGACCCGAGAACCGCGUCUCUGUGAAGCCUUUUCGGCCGCCCCCCUACUCAUCCUCCCCCGGCUCCACCGUGUCCAUCCCCCUGUGGUAGCAGGUUGGAAUCGGGACUGGACUCCAUUUCCCCGGACAAGCAGUGGGUUGGCAGGAAGCGACCCACGCCUACAGGGCAUCCAGGGGGCAGCCGGGGUCAGGGGUCAUGACCCCGCCUCGGCCUUGGUCCGUCCUGACCGACCGGCUCCCCGUUCUCCCCCGCUGGCUCACUUCCUGAUCCCGAGGAUGGCCGAGCCGGCAGGCGGGCAAACAGGAACGCCAACUGUUCGCCGCUUCUGCCACCACCGCCUAUUUGGGCCUCUUCCCCGCAGGGACCAGUCCCGCCUUAAAGGAAAUCCGGGCGUGAGCCGGCCGGUCCAAAGCAACCGCCCGCCGAGGGGGACACGGAAUCAGACCGUCGCCAUGUCUCACGGACCGUUUCCCGGCCUGGGACUUGGGGAUGGUGCCGGAGGGCAGGCUGGGAUAAGCAGGCCUGGAUGGGCAGACCAGAUGGAUGCUUCUUCCGGAAGCGGAGCGGAGCAAGAAUUUGGAGCAAAGACUUUGUCCCUUUAACAGUCAUCUGGAUAUACACCUGCUUGUUCUCUUUCUCUCCAUCUCUCUCUCUUCUCCCCCAACCCCUUGGCCUCUAGACCAGCCCAUCGUGGCCACGGGAAGCCGAGGCGGGGGGCCUUUCCCUGAGCACCAUAUAGCCCCUGACCCAGCCGCCGGGGCCAAAUCCCACCCGGAAAUAGUUCGGACGGGGCCGGUCCUGGCUCCCCUGCGCUUUUCCCUAACUUGGGCCUCCUCUGUCCGCUCUGUCCGCCUGUUUGUCACGCCCAGGGCCAACAAGGCGGCUCAUUGUUCGUCCUCUGAGGGUACAAAGACCGUUUCUUUUGGCUUUUAAAAGGGAUCCAGUAUGAAGGGUCCCAGCCCCUCCAACCCCCACCCCCAGGACUCCCCCAUAGCAGGACCAGUGGGAAGGUGGUACUAGCUACCCCCCACCCCCGGCAACCUCCUCCCCUUGGCUCACCCUCUGGCCACCCCUGUGUCCCCUCUUUUAGCCCAACGGGGAAGACCCCACCCCCCCCCCACCCCAACACAC